GGGGUCAGCACUUUCUUGCUUUACCUGCUAGACUCUGCCGCGACCCCGUGGGGAGGAGGAAUCAACUCAAGAAAUAGAGUUGCAAGAUGUAUUUACAUAUUGUAUUUGGUGAAUUUAAUGACAGCCUUCCACGCGUGAAAAAUAAUCAGUGAUAGAUAGAAGAGUACACAGGGAAAGAAAUUGUU